AAAGUACAUCGUUAUAAGAAGCAGAAGAGAGAUGACGACGUACGUAGUUAACUAGCUGUUCAGCAGCAGUAGUUGCAAAAUGGGACAAGGGGACGAAACCAAGACCAGACCUGCUGGCCCAAGCAUUGAGAUUCAGGAAAGAGGAGAUAUAUUCUUCUUCUAUAGGCCUAAAGUUGAUAAAGAAGAAGCGCGUGGAGCGAAAGACGUGCAACGCUUCUACCUGCUUCUGCGCCCCUACUCUGCGCAGACGGACGUUCAGGAAAAACAAGACCCCAACUCCGGCAAGGAAGGCGCUAAGCGUCGACGGCUUGCUCAUCAUGAUGAAACCAAUUAUACACAUGAACAUGAACAUGAACAAGGAGGCGGCCAUGGCAGCCACCCGGUAAACUUUAAGAAACAACCGCUGCUUCGUUUCAUAGUUAUGGGACGUAAAAGCCUUCCAGAUCCUUCCAAAAAGACCAGACCUUAUUGGGGUUUCGUCGAGAUGGUCACCACCGAAAUCGAACACGUUAAGGCUGCUCUAAGAGGAGAAUAUGAGACAGCAACAAAAGGCCACAGGCACCUGCCCGAUUCAAGAGCUGUCGGAGAAGGCAUAUACAGGAUCCUCAAGCACAAUCCUGGAAGCAGCAGCAUGCAUACGCAUUUGGUUUACAAGCUCGAAUUCCCACCAGAAGGUGAGGAGGAGGAACCGCAGAAAGCCCUCAAUAUAGCACGCCAAGCGUCAUUCCUUCUCCAGAUAAAGAACCCUGACCAACGCGCCGCACAAUUCAGGGGACUAGAGAAGAAGCGGAAGGCAGCAUUUCCAGCCCACCUGCAGGGGUUGUUCGGGCAUCGCCUUUAUCACCCAGCCGACCCACCUGAUCUUCUCAACUAUGAAGGCUGCGAGUUUCUGCUGAUAUCGGCCUCUGACGACAUAGAACAAGAGCUGGGCCUCGAGUUGAAGACGACGGAACAAUUACAGGAUGCUGAAUGCUCUGAUCUGAUCAGAACAUUCGGGGAGACUGCAGCCUCAACUCGCCCCUUGUUCCAGGGCACUUGGGUCUGAUCAUCUGCCUGACAUGGUACUAGCUAGCAGAUCUCUACACCUGGCGUAAUGAACGAGGAGGGUAGAGCCUCUGAUAUAUGUGCAUAUGCAGUUUAAUACUAUAUAUUACCUGCCUAGCGGAUUUUGAAAUCCGUCCAAGCCCCAAUUCCAAACGGGUUGAGCCAAACAUUAGGAGUUAAUCUGCUUUCAUGUAAUUAUUAGCGUAUAUAUAUAUAGUAUGGGAUGGAAAUUUUGUUUUGAAUAUGUUCAAGUUUGUGUGGUUUAACUCGUAUAUGCACUUAUUAUAUGCAUACAGUUCAUGUCAAUUGUUCUUUUUAAGGGCAUACA